GCAGCCGACUCAGAAACUGUAUAUAAAUUAUUCCAAUUACUGGCGGAGGUCAAACCAGAACACCGCACAUAAUUGCGUAAACGCGUUUUGGAUUCUCUCUCCUCUUUUUUUCCAACUGUUUCUUCGAUUCCGAUCAACGUUGAUUUUGUCUCCGUUUCUCUAUAUCUCCGGUAAGAUCUUUGAUUACCCUUGUUUUCUCAAGGAGAGACACCGUCAAAACCAAAAAAACAAAAGAAAAAUAAUCACGAUCUGGGGUUUCGAUUUUUUUCCCAAUCAAUUUCAUUUUUUUUCCAAUUAAUCGUAUACGGUAUUUUCCAUAUAUUUGUUUGAUUGCUGAAUAGAUUUGAAGUACCUAGGUUUUGUUUUUUUGUGUUUUAAAGAAAAACAGGAAAUUGAAUUGAAUUAGGGUUUGUGUUUGGGUAUCUGGAAAAAGUUGUUUUGUUUGUUUCCUUGUGAAUUUUGAUUGAGAAGAGUUGUGUGUUGUGGUUGUUGAUAAUAUGGCGGCAGGGCGGCUCGAUGUGUCUAGGAGGCGGGGUGGUGGUGGUUAUUUUGAUGAGGUGAAGUGGGGUGGUGAUCGUGGUUUGGUACGGAAAAAUGGGUAUCAUAGUUCAACGAUUGUGCCUAGUUUUGAUUUUAGACGAAGUGGGUUUAGUUGUAGAGAUGGACAACGACAGUCAGGGGAGCCGUGGCAAUUUAAUGCCUUCGGUUCCUCGAAGUAUGAGGAAGGGGAGAUACCAGCAAAUGAAGAUGGGGUUCAAUUGCCCGCAGAGAAGAAAAGGAAGUUUUCUCCUAUUGUAUGGGAUGUUGAGGAGAAAAAAGCGAAGAUUUCUUCAAAGAAUAGAGUUGUUCAGAGGAGUAGUACUCGGGAUUUAAAUGUUGUUUCAGACGAGGAUGUUGUGAAAAGUCCUGUCAAAGGAGGAUUGGAGCUUGUGGUGGACAAGGAUUGUGUGGAUGGAGGAUCAGCUGAUGGUAUUGGAUCUGAGUAUCCAGCCCCUUUGUCUCCUUCAUUGCAUCCAAAGAAAGAUGGGGGUUAUGACCAAGAGCAGGGACAAGUGGAGGAGGAAGAGCUUCCUGAAGCACGGAAUAUAGCCAUGUCCCGGUGGGCUUCUGAUGAUGAUUCUCCAAGGGAUACCACUUUGAUUGAUGAUAAAGGAAUGCAUGGAGAAAUGGUGUACAGGACAGAUUUGAUUAAUAGAGAAGGGUUCCAGAGAGAAGUCUCAGAUAGAGAUGGAUCAAGUUCAUCUCUAUCGGAUGAAAGAGGUUUCAGUGGCAGCUCUGCUUCGGAAUAUGAAUUGCAAAAUGAUGUCAUGGACAUUGAUGAUAUUAGGGAUGAAAAUGCCAGUGAGAAUGAGAUGGAGCAAACCGCUGGUGAAGAGCCCACAGUUACUAACCAAAGGGGGUUUAAUAUGCUAGAGGGUUGUAGAAGUGUGUUCGAGUAUGAAAGACUCAAUGAAAUCAAUGAAGGAACCUAUGGUAAAGUGUACAAAGCCAGGGAUAAGAAGACUGGAGAAUUUGUGGCUUUGAAGAAAGUGAAGAUGAAUGUCGGAAGAGACAAAUACUUGGAAGAGUAUGGUUUCCCCUUGACAUCUUUGAGGGAGAUUAACAUUCUUACGUCUUUUGAUCACCCUUCAAUUGUGAGAGUUCAAGAAGUUGUGAUGGGGGACCUUGAUAGUGUUUUCAUGGUGAUGGAGUACAUGGAACAUGAUCUCAAGGGGCUGAUGCAAGCGAUGAAGCAGCCUUUCAGUACAAGUGAAGUCAAAUGCUUAAUGCUACAGCUUUUGGAAGGUGUCAAAUAUCUUCAUGAUAAUUGGGUGCUUCACAGGGAUUUGAAGACAUCAAACCUUCUUUUCAAUAACCAGGGAGAGUUGAAAGUAUGUGAUUUUGGGAUGUCACGCCAGUAUGGUAGCCCAUUGAAGCCAUAUACCUCUCUGGUGGUUACUUUGUGGUACAGGGCACCAGAACUUCUUCUUGGAGCAAAGAAAUACUCUACAGCAGUUGAUAUGUGGUCAGUGGGUUGCAUAAUGGCUGAAAUGUUGACCAAGGAACCCCUAUUCACAGGGAAAGGUGAAAUUGAUCAGCUUGACAAGAUCUUCAAAACUCUUGGCACACCAAACGAGACUAUUUGGCCUGGGUUAUCAAAAUUGCCAGGGGCAAAAGCAAAUUUUGUUCAGCAACCGUAUAAUCAGUUACGGAAGAAGUUUCCUUUCACACCUUUCACAGGAUCUCCAGUUCUCUCUGACUCAGGAUUUGACUUGCUAAACAGACUCCUAACUUAUGACCCAGAGAAGCGAAUAACAGCAGACGACGCUCUUAAUCAUCCCUGGUUUAAUGAGGUCCCACUAUCAAAAUCAAAAGAAUUCAUGCCUACUUUCCCUCCUCAGUAUGCAAAGAACAGGCCUAAUCAAAGAACAAUGAAGUGUCUAGAUUCCAGGAGCAUCGGUGAAGGAAGGCAGUACCAGGUGUUAUCUGGCACAUAUUGGUGGAUAUCAUCCUUUGGGAUUUGCAUCCUUUUUUGUAAUGAUCCUGCAGUCCUUGACCCACAAGGUCCUGAGUAUUGACCUUUUUCUUUGUCUUCCAUUGUUUCUGUUCUCUUUUAAUCAGCUUGAGUUCAGAAUGAGUGUAAAUAUUUCUCAACUCAUUUAUAAAUGAUUAGAUUUAUUUAUACAUAUCUUUUCAUUUAGUGCUGAACUGUUAUUCAAUCUAUUUUCUUGUAUAUUCAAACUUUGCUUGCUAGAGAGAACUGAUGUAAGGCAAUGGAUUGGGGCGCUGAUAUUUAUGGUCACUUGUAAGGUACUGAAUCUCCUAUUUGUUUGAUGAUUAUGUAAUCUGGUUUUAUAUUUUUGCUUGUUUUGAUCCAGAUUAAAAUUUCCCCUGACAUUCGGUUGAUUCUACUUUCACGUUGACUCUUUUUAUGCUCUCACAAAAGCCAAGACUGUAUUUGAUAUCGUUGCCUUCAUUUAUUAUUCAGAGUCAGCUUUCUGCUUUUUAAAUUCAGCACAUGAAAGCCUGUCCUAUUUUACGCUUUUGUGGUUCAGCUUGUCAAUGCAUUUUCUAUCAAGCUCAAGAAAAAGAAAAGUAAUGUUAAGCUGCUAUAGCAUUUUGUUAGGCUCUCAUUAUUCAAUGUAAAAAACAUAUCUGAUAACCUGUGAAGUUUGUUUGGAAAGUGCUCUUUAUAGUGUUAAAUCAGGUGCACCUUUUGAGAUAAUUCUGAUGUAUAUUUGCGAACAAAUGAUGCAUAACUUACAUAUACAUCCAUGCUUCGCUGAUGUGUCAUUAGCCUCUGUUGGUUUUUCACUUUUGGACCUCUGUCAACACGUGUAAAGAUUUUUCAUUUUUCAUUUAUAUAUGUUAUGUUCUUUUGAUUCUGAUCCCUGUAAAUUUCCGAGUUACCAGCUUCCUUCAAUGAUGGCUGCUAUAGAAUUUGCAACUACUCAGCUACCGUGUUUCUCAAGUUCUUUUGGUUGGAUGUUCAGCCGGUAUGUGAAUAGAAUGUGGAAAGGUUAACCCCCUUGCUCUUUUUUUCUACUCCAUCAUCGCUUGUUAGUCUGUUCUGACUGACUUGUCUUUCAUGAUCCUAGAUCAUUUUGUACAUGCAUCCUUUUCUUUGCAAAAAUGUGCUCCCGUGCAGGUUUGGAGGAAUAUCCCCAGCUCCCUCCAUGACCACCUGUUCAUGCGUGUGGGAGUAGAAGGGGUUUAAUGUUGCAGAACAUAAAAAGAAUUGCACAUGCAAUUGCCUCCCAUGUGCUCUGCUUUCCCACACUACUUCACAAAUUCUUGGAUUCUUGUCUCUCGAUUCUUUGGGCUUUUGAGUUACAGCAGCGUUUAAUAUCGAGAAGACUGCCAAACGUGUUGUGGCCUAAUGUUUAGGAAGCAAGCAAUAUGUGAAUGCGCAAUUGUUCAUUUGGACGUUUCAGUUCAAUCUUCUCCUCUGUUUCUUUACCAGGAAUAAUGUUCUGAUCAUUUUGUGAUGAACACAGCUCAAAAAUACUUUGAAAUCAAUGACAUUUAUUAAUACAGAGGUAUUUUUCUCCCGAAACAUAUGCUUCGUCUGACUUUGAAACACGAGCUUAUUUUGCUUCACUUGAACACCUACAUGGGGCAUGGUUUUGCUUUCGACAGAACAAACAUCACAGAAGUUCAGGAGCACCAUUUGUCAAUGAGUAUUCUUGUUCGCGGAGCCAUUAAGUAGAGGAGCGAUAAUCCUGAAUGCUCAAUGAUGUCAAAACUCCUCUUGAGCUCGUUACCUGCGGAGGCGGUAUGUAGGGGGGCAAUAAUUCUCCAGUCCUGAAUGUUCGUUCACCUGUUAUGCUUUAUCAAUGGACGAGAGAGUUGUAAAAUCGAUGUCCCAUGUAAAUCAGCCAUUUAUAUGGACUGAAGAUGUUAUGUUAUAAAAACUUAGAUGAUCUUAAAUGAGAAAUGGGGCCAAAAAUUUAUAUGAA